UUAGACACACAGCACUAGCAGCAGUGAGUUGACACGCCAGUGCACAGCUUUGGAAAAACACAAAAGGAAAUAAAACUACAUUUCUUUUAAAGUUUGUUCACAUCUUCCUUUAAAUAAAAGAAAAUGGCGCAGUGGUGCCAACUUCAGAUGCUGGACUGCAAGUACCUGGAGCAGGUGGACCAACUGUAUGACGACUCCUUCCCCAUGGACAUAAGACAGUAUCUGAGCAGAUGGAUCGAAAGCAUUGACUGGGACACGGUGGCAAUGCAGGACUCGCUGGCUACCGUCCGUUUCCACGACCUCCUGGCUCAGCUGGACGACCAACACAGCCGCUUUGCCCUGGAGAACAACUUCCUGCUGCAGCACAACAUCCGCAAAAUCAAGAGGAACCUGCAGGAUCGGUUCCAGGAUGAUCCGGUCCACAUGGCCAUGAUCAUCUCCAAAAAUUUGAAGGAGGAGCAGAAGAUCCUGGCCACUGCAAAGAGUGCUGAGCAGGAGGGUGAGGUGACGGUGUCUGCCAUGGUGGUGGAGAAACAGAAGCUGGACAACAAGAUGAAGGAGAUCAAAGAAAGAGUUCAGUGUGUGGACCAGAACAUCAAGAAUGUGGAAGAUCUGCAGGACGAGUACGACUUUAAAAUCAACACGCUGAAGAUCAGGGAGAAUGAAAUGAACGGCAUGACACAGAAGGAGCUGGAGAAAGAGAAGGCACUGAUCGCGAGGAUGUGCUUUGAGCUGAAGAGCAAACGACAGGAAGUGGUGAUCCAGCUGACCGACCUCCUGAACACCGCUCAGGCGUUGCUCUCUGACCUGAUCUCCGAGGAGCUGCCGGAGUGGAAGCAGCGGCAGCAGAUCGCCUGCAUUGGAGGUCCACCUAAUGCUUGUGUGGACCAGCUGCAGAACUGGUUUACAGCAGUUGCAGAGAGUCUCCAGCAGGUGCGUCAGCACCUAAAGAAGCUGCAGGAGUUGGAGCAGAAGUUUACAUACGAGAGCGACCCCAUCACGCAGAAGAAAUCUUUCCUGGAGGCCCGAGCUCUGGAUCUCCUCAAGAACCUGCUCUCCAACUCUCUGGUUGUAGAGAGGCAGCCCUGCAUGCCCACCCACCCACAGAGGCCGUUGGUUUUGAAAACAGGCGUCCAGUUCACCGUGAAGCUCCGGUUCCUGGUGAAGCUGCAGGAGUUUAACUACCAACUCAAAGUCAAAGCCCUGUUUGACAAGGAUGUUACAGAGAAGAAAGGGUUCCGGAAGUUCAACAUUUUGGGAACAAACACCAAAGUGAUGAACAUGGAGGAGUCGAAUGGAAGCCUGGCAGCAGAGUUCAGACAUUUGCAACUGAAAGAGCAGAAAGUUGCCGGGAACAGAACAAAUGAGGGUCCGCUGAUCGUCACCGAAGAGCUUCACUCGCUCAGCUUUGAGUCCGAGCUGCAGCUCAACCAGUCGGGACUCAACAUCAAGCUAGAGGCCAUGUCUCUGCCUGUUGUGGUCAUCUCUAACGUCUGUCAGCUGCCCAGCGGCUGGGCCUCCAUCCUGUGGUACAACAUGCUCACCACUGAGCCCAAGAACCUGAAGUUCUUUCUCUCGCCUCCACCCGCGAAGUGGUCUCAGCUGUCCGAGGUCCUCAGCUGGCAGUUCUCCUCUGUCACCCAACGGGGCCUGAACCAGGAGCAGCUCAACAUGCUGGCGGACAAAUUACUCGGAGCUAAAGCUCAGAGGAAUCCAGAGGGACUCAUUCCCUGGACCAAGUUCUGCAAGCAAGGUUCCAAUGAGAAAUCCUUUCCCUUCUGGUUGUGGAUUGAAGGAAUCUUGGAUCUGAUUAAACGACACCUACUUUCCCUCUGGAACGACGGUUCCAUCAUGGGUUUCAUCAGUAAGGAGAGGGAGAAAGGUCUGCUGAGCGACAAGUGUCCCGGCACCUUCCUGCUGCGGUUCAGCGAGAGCAGCAGAGAAGGAGCCAUCACCUUCACGUGGAUCGAACUCGACGUCCACGACAAGCCGGUGUAUCACUCUGUGGAGCCUUACACAAAGAAAGAGCUGGGCGCCGUGUCUCUGCCCGACAUCAUCCGCACAUACAAGGUGAUGGCCGCCGAGAACAUCCCCGAAAACCCUCUGCGCUUCCUCUACCCGAACAUCCCCAAAGACAAGGCCUUCGGGAAGUACUACCCCAAACCCACAGAGACUCCAGAACCAAUGGACGUAGAUAACAAAGAAAAGAGUGGCUACAUGAAGACGGAGCUCAUAUCUGUCUCGGAAGUACAUCCGUCCAGACUGCAUGACAACAUGAUGCCCAUGUCUCCUGACGACUACAGGGCUCUGGAGCAGUACGUCGGCCCCAGGGACAUCGACGCCGUGCUUCAUUAAAACUGAAGAAUUUUGGUUUGAGGAAAAACAUCAUCAUCAUCAUUUCAAGAUGAAUUCAGACUUUCCCGACCAAAACUGAACGUCAGACGUGUCUUUUGCUUUCCCCCUGCAUGAGGAACAUGGAAUAGUUUUGAAUAUAUCUGCUCAGAAAAUAACAGAACAAACAUUUGUGAACCUUCAGGUAUGUAAGUUCCUGGCAUAGUGAAUCAGUGUCUGAAUAUCUAUGGUAACACUGAUAAAAAAUAUCUGCACAUUUACUGUAUAGAGUGUCUUAGUCUUGAACUGUGUCUGAAGAAGGCCUGAGACAUUGCCUGGAAAGUUAUGAAAACAAAGCUGGUGCAGACAUUUCUUAUCUUCUGGUUUCCAUGUUCUCAGUUCAGUGCCUAGUAAUUAUUCCAUAUCAAUGUGUUUGCCCUUCUUUCUAAUAUCUACACUGCAAACAUGAACUGCUGAUGGGUAACUUGGAAUAAUACAGUUUUUUCGUCCAGGGCAGGUGUGCAGAUUUCUGCACACCUGCGUGUCACUUUAUUUUUGUACAUAUAUCUUUUAUUGAGAGUGGAUAAUGAAAGUCCCUAAAACAAUGACUACUGUGAAACAGUAACAAUUGAGAAUGUGAUUCUGCCUCCUUUUAAGUUUCCUGCCAGUUGCACCAGAAAUACUAUGAAAGUGCGCAGAUUGAAAAUUGUGUGUUUAAAAUAAGAUUUUCUGUCUAGAAAAUGCAAACAACUGUAUUUGUCGAGGUUUCAUGUAGCACCAAAUACACGAAAAUAGCUUUUUAUUUAAGAUAUUUUAUCAUUAUCUUUUAAGUGCUGUAACUGCUAUUAAACCAUUCUAUGUA